UUAUCAAUUUUGGCGUAAUAUUAGAUUGUGCUUAGCUUAUUGUUCACCCAGUUAGUAGUUAAAAAUCGUUUUUUUAUUAUAUUAUAUUAAAUUAUAUUAAAUUAUAUUUUUGUUGUACCUUAAUAGGACUCGGUAUUAGGUACCAUGUAUUAUACUAAAAAUUCUUUUGCAUAUAGGUAAUGAGAUUUAGUUCAAUUGUCAAUCUAAUAAAAUUGACAUUUGAUUACGUUUAAGGUGUAUUUUUUGUAGUAUUGAUAUUUAAUAUACAAUCUGUGGUAAGUGUAAGCACUGCAUAUCGUAAGGUAUGUCAAAAAAUUGUAUAGUUAUGGUGUUGUCGGAGAGCAGUCUAAAAAGAAACAAUGGUCAAAUUGUUAACGAUACAUUCUACUGCCCAAUCUUGGGUUGUAAGUACAACUUACAUUUUGGUCAAUCUAUGAAAUCUUUUAAAACUCAAAAACUUCUCAAACAACACUGUAUCAAAGUGCAUUCCGACAAAAAAUACAAAUGUGACAAUUGUGAAAAAGGGUUUCCUUUAGAAUCAACAUUAAAGUCACAUCGUAUAACAUGCGGAGUAAUAUAUUCUUGUUAUUGUGGCAUUCAAUACAAAUCUCCAGAAGCAUUCCUCACUCAUACAAAACGAAAACAGCAUAACAUUGGAUUAGGAUAUUCAACUAUUAUGAAGUUUUUGAAGACAAGAAAAUUGUUGCCAAACACAGAAGACUUAUUAGGAGAAGAAUUAGAAUCUAGCAAAAGAUCUACCCAGACACAAACUGUUACUGAUGUACAGACUUUAUCAGAUUCGUCAACUCAGACUACAUUUGAAAAUAAGGAUUGCAUGUUAAGAUACAAUGAUCCAAAACUCUCUUCUGCUACUUCUAGUCCUAUAAGACGGUUAUGUGCACAGACUCAAACCGAUCCUAUGGUUGACUCUAUAAAAAUUGAAUCAGAUCCAAUGUUUUUAGAUUCAGAAACACAAACCAAUUUUGACUUUUUAGACAUCUAUACUCAAACUGCCGAGUCUGAAUGUCUAUUUGGUGAUUUAGAAUUUACCAAUAUUCAAACACAGACUUAUUGUAGUUCUUUAAUUAAUGAUAACUCCAUUGACAUGAGAAAUGAUAAUUCCUUAAACACAAAUAUAAUAUAAUUUAAUCAAAAAAUCAAAAUGGUAUUUAAAUUAAAAACAAUAAUAAUAUAUAAUGUCUAAUUUCUCCUUUGGUAGUGUUUCAAAUUAUUGCUUAGUUAAUCAAUGAUUAGUUAUUUUAAUUUUAAUAAUACUUCAAUGGGUUUUUUCUAGCACCACCAAUCGCCAUGUUAAUUGUUUACUGUAUAAAUAAGUGCAUAUGUAUGUGCAGACAUUGUUCACAAGUUGCUAGUAUAGCGCAUUUUAAUACCUACCUUACCUACCUUCCUACCCUUUAAACUACUCAUAUAUUAUAUUAAAUGUAUUAUUUUUUUAACGAUUAUUUUAAAUUUGUUAUGCUUCAUUAGUGCAAGUAAACACACUGUAUUGCCACAUGAAAUAUAAUUUUUAAGCUACUUUAAUUUUAAAUCAUAAAUGUGAAUAACUGUUAAUAAUUCUUUAUCAACAUAUUGAAUAUUAUUUUGUCUAAAAUUAUUUUUUUUACAUUUUUUAAAAUGGCUUAUUUAAUAUAAUAUUAUUAUAAAUAAUUAAUCAUAAAAAUAAAUCUAUUUGAUUAUUAC